AUGGUCCGGCUGCUCUCAUCCGGUCUUGCCCUGUUGGCGCACAACCAGAUGGACACCGGAAGGUGUCUGCCAUCCAAGACUGUGGUGACGUGUUCACCUUUCAUCGCAACCGGAAACAUAGGUCAGUCCAAUGAAGCUGCCGAUGCUUUCUUGAAGCAGCUCUCCCCCUUCGACACGGCGGUUCCCGCCCAUGCUUGUUUCCACCACGACACGAACGGCACGCGGGCACAGAUCUGCAACCGGUCGGACAGGGAAUUCAAACCCUUGGUUGAUCAAAUACAUACUGCCCUGGACGUAAUUCUGGCGCACUGUGCCUCAUACGACGGCACUGGUAACAUCCUGACGCCCGGCGGACUGUACGUCAUGAUCGAGAGGUCUGGCGUCGCCGUCGUUACGGAUGUCCUAGAGCUCACUAAGAGAAAAGAGUGCGUGAAGAGGGGUUCUGCUGAAAUCACAGAAUGCGACGCUCCAAUCUGCGAUCCCAAAUACAGGAUGAAUGAGAAAGGCGAUUGUAUUCAUCUGGGUAACCAAAAUAGCGAGGUGUAUUGCGAGGUGAGGGGCUACAAGUACUAUGGACCCGAAAAUACCUGA